AUGUUUGCCCAUUGGAAACUUCUGCUCAAUCUCUCGCCGAAAGAGGCCUCGAAACCAUGCGAAUCCACUGCUCUACCUAUCUCAAGUGCUAGUCUGAAUAGCUUGGGCUCUCUUCCGACCUUUUCUGCUGACGUGGAGAGCAUUGCGUCCUCCACAGCAGAAAUUGAAACGGAGCUUAAACGUGUGCAACGAGUAGUUUCAAAUCGAAUGAAUGCUAUUCAGGUGCUCCUUGAUGAUGAGAUACCCAGAGCCAUUUCAAGGCUGACAUCGCCAUUCCAAAACAAACCAAAGGCAUUAUACGCUCUUCGCAAGUUUCUGGCAUCGUAUGUGAAGGAGAGAGCUGUUGUAUUCGGACCAACAUAUACACCUACUGCUUCUAUGGUGUCUCUAAUAAUGGAAAGGGAGGAAAAGGAUGCUGCAAUGGCUCGUUAUAUCACGUCGCUGCAAAAUCAAGUGGCCAAACUGUGUAGACGUUUUCGCUCGACAGAGAUUGUGGCAGCCUUAAGCACUUUGCUCAAUUUUGAAAAGGAGCUGGUCUCAUUUUCAAAACUAGUCGAACAGCAAGCAACGGACGUGGAAGUCCUCAUCAAACGAUUCCACAUACAUACCAGCACUCUCAACCACAGUACGUCAGAUGGCGACAUGCUGAAUGAAAGGCUUCAGAAUAUAUGUAAACAGGCAUCAUCAUGGCUUGAAUCAAGCCAGACUGUAAUCACGGAUUUGAUCAAGGUCAUGAGUCCAGAUAUACAACAGUACGGAUGUUGUAUAUGUCUUGAUGUCAAAUUCAAGCCAGUGCUGAUACAGACUUGUAAACAUGACCAGUUUUGUUUUGGAUGUUUAGAAAACUUCCAACUAUACCAACCUCCAGGGCCACACGUAUACCUUGACUCGCCAGGCAUGUGUCCCUGCCCUCUUUGCAGGAAUGUGUAUCUUGUCGGUGCAUCAAGGUCCGAUAUAAUGGUCGAUACAGCACUCGACAACUUCCUAAGGUCGUACUUUCCAAAGGAGACCAAGAUUCGAGAAAAAGAGGAGCAGUGGAGGGUUCAGAAAUUGUCAUGGAGGAGAUUCGUGAGACGGCAAAGAGUGAAGAUGUUGAGACUGGUGUACGGUCGAAACUACUACCGAUACUUCUAA